AUGACAGCACACCCAGGCCAAUUCCUCGCUGGCAAGCGCAUCAUCGUCACCGGUGGAAGUUUCGCAGCAUUGUCUUUCGUACUCGCGCUAGAUCAACUUUGGAACCCCUCUCUCGAGCGCCCUGAAGUCAUCGUAUACGAACGAGAUGACCGUGACCUGUCUAUCCAGAAAGACCCCUACACCCUGAAUAUCAAUGGAGCUAGCCAUGACGACGGCCUUGUCGCUAUCCAACAACUAGGAUUACUGGAUGAAGUUCGCAAGCAUGCUACACUUAACGGCGGUGAUAUUCGCGUUUGGGCUGACAACUGGAAAUGGCUUUCAUCCAUCAAUCCGACCGCAUAUGGCAAUCUUCCCGCAGCUACCAUGCGCAUUGCGCGAGAAGAUUUGAAGCGCAUCCUCGUGGAAAAAGUGGAGACGACCGUGACAACUUUGAAUUGGGGACUAGCUGCCACGUCAGCGGAGCGACUUUCUACUGGGAAAAUUCAAGUAACGCUUUCAAACGGUGAAACAGACGAAUGCGAUCUCCUUGUCGCCGCAGAUGGCGCAAACAGCAACAUGCGAGCAUGCUUCCGACCCAACGACAUGAAGACAGAAUACGCCGGCGCUACUCAGAUUGGUGGAAUCUCACAUCUCCCGGGCGGAGUGCCCAAGCCUAUUGAUAAGGACUACGGACUACAGAUGUCCUCUGGCGAAGGUGUCUGCUGCAUCUACAAUCCAUUCAACUCCGACAUGGUUGCAUGGGCACUUAGCACGAUGUGCCCAGAAAGAGAUGCCAAAAUCAAUCUUAGCGCAGAGGAAACCGAAGCCUUGAAGAAAGAGGCCUUGAAGACGGCUCAUAUGUUCCAAGAACCCUUCAAAACGGUCGUGGAGGCCACAAUCCCUGGCACUGCGUUCAUCCGACCCGCCAAGGAGAAGUUCGCUUUCCAACACGACGACCGUCUGAAAGGAGUCAUGUUCAUCGGUGAUGCAAACCACAUCCUCAGCCCCUUUGAGUUUGUUGGAGCAAACCUCGCGCUGAAAGACGGGUGGGAUCUGGCGGAGCAGAUUUGUCGCAAUACUUCCAUGCAGAGCGCGGCCGCCUCCUAUGAUCGCAUCAGUAUUCCUCGCUUCGAGCCCGUCUUCAGCUUCUCACAUGAGCGGAUCGGCUUUGGUCAUUGCACUGGGAAGAAAUGGAUGUUUUACAAAUACGGCAUGGCCGCUCAGAGAGCGUUUAAGCAGGUCCAUUAG